GUUUAAUAUAACGUAUCGUCUCAUGAAUAUUCCCUGCCUCUUCUCCCCAAAUCAUCAACAGUAGAUAAAGAAGACAAAAGUAUGUCAGGACACAAAUGUGGUUAUUCCUGGGAUUUACAGGAUCGAUAUGCUCAAGACAAGUCAGUUGUCAAUAAGAUGCAACAGAAGUAUUGGGAAACCAAGCAGGCCUUCAUUAAAGCCACGGGGAAGAAGGAAGAUGAACAUGUUGUUGCCUCUGAUGCAGACCUGGAUGCCAAGCUAGAGCUGUUUCACUCGAUCCAGAGAACCUGUUUGGAUUUGUCUAAAGCAAUUGUACUUUAUCAAAAGAGGAUAUGUUUCUUGUCUCAAGAAGAAAAUGAACUGGGAAAAUUUCUCCGAUCCCCAGCCUUCCAAGAUAAAACGAGAGCAGGAAAAAUGAUGCAAGCCACAGGAAAGGCACUCUGCUUUUCUUCCCAACAAAGGUUGUCCUUGCGCAAUCCUUUGUGUCGAUUUCACCAAGAAGUGGAGACUUUUCGGCAUCGGGCCAUCUCAGACACGUGGCUGACCGUGAACCGCAUGGAGCAGUGCCGGACAGAAUACAGAGGGGCGUUGUUAUGGAUGAAGGAUGUGUCUCAGGAGCUCGAUCCAGACCUCUACAAGCAAAUGGAGAAGUUUAGAAAGGUACAGACACAAGUACGCCUUGCAAAAAAAAAUUUUGACAAACUGAAGAUGGAUGUGUGUCAAAAAGUGGAUCUUCUCGGAGCGAGCAGAUGCAACCUCUUAUCUCACAUGCUAGCAACAUACCAGACCACGCUGCUCCACUUUUGGGAGAAAACGUCUCACACUAUGGCAGCCAUCCAUGAGAGCUUCAAAGGCUAUCAGCCGUAUGAAUUCACCACGCUAAAGAGCUUACAAGACCCUAUGAAAAAGCUAGUUGAGAAACAAGAGAAGAGAAUCGCGCAACAGGAUAGCACGGAGGCAGCAGGCCAGGAGCCAAGUCAAUUAAUUUCAUUAGAAGAUGAAAACCAGUGCGAGGAAUCCUCCAGUUUUAAUAGACCUAUGGAUGAACUGUUGGACAUGCAACCUGAGGAAGGUGCUGGCCUGGGCCCGAUGGCGGAGACCCCAGAACCUGACAGCGCCGACAAGGAUGACUUGCUGCUGUUGAGUGAGAUCUUCAGUGCUUCCUCCCUGGAAGAGGGGGAGUUCAGCAAAGAGUGGGCAGCUGUGUUUGGAGACAGUCGGCUGAAGGAGCCUACAGCAAGUGGGGCCCUGGGAGAGCCCGAUGCCAAGUUCCAGGCAGGCUCCGGAUUCCUUCCUUCACAGCUUUUAGACCAAAAUAUGAAAGACUUACAAACCUCGCUACAAGGCUGGUCAGACAGCAAUGUCAGUCCUCCUCCUACUCCUUGGCCAGCACCAAAGACAAGCAAUCCAAAUGAUGAGAGCCCUGCACUGAAAGAGCCUGCCAAGGCCGCCUCCGACCUGACUGCCUGGUUCAGCCUCUUUGCUGACCUCGACCCUUUAUCAAAUCCUGAUGCUGUCGGGAAAACGGAUAAAGAACAUGAAUUGCUCAAUGCAUGAGUCUGCAGCCUUCAGGAAGGAGGCCUCACAUACUCCACUCCCCAGCACAUACCUGGGGCAAGCAGAAGUGCAACAUGAUCAGUAUGCUGUUUUAAUAUUUACGUGCCAUUUUAAUAAAAGAAAAGGGCCAGAGGCCCUUAUAUUGGUUUGAUCACUCUUAUUUGGUAUAAAGGGUUUUAGUAUGUUUUCUGUGUGGAUCUGAACAGUCCAGGAGUGUCCAGGAGUGGUGUCUAGGCCACUGCUCUCCUGCUGACAUCCCAUGCACUGUGGUGGCACAGGCUACCAUGAGAUCCAAGUUCAAACCAUAAGCCUGCUGUGUAUUGGGGUUACAGCAAGUCCUCGACUUAGGAGCAUUCGAGUUGCGAACUUUCCUGGGUGUACUGUGUAAGACUCACUUUGCUGGAUACAAACAAAUCCGACUUUCAAACGGUUCUCCCAGAGUGGAACUCAUUUAAAAGUCAGGGACUUACUAUAACGUGCCGUACAGUCCGCAGAAGCGUCAGGAGGCUAACACAGCUUCGUGCCCCUCCUGGUCCUGUUCCGAGGGGAGUGACUGAGGAGGAGUCCCUGUUUCUGUCACACCACCUCUCAGUGCUCUCUCACUGACGCUUGCUCCGAGUCCACACAGCACUCGCCUGCAGGGCCUGGUCUCGUCCCUGGAAGAGGAGCCGGGCUUCUCUCCACUGCACGAAUCCUUCCUGGAAAGCAGCCACAUCUGCAGAUGUCGGUGUCUCCUUUUUGUCCUCAUGGUUGUUUGCAUUCCGAAGCAUGUAUUUCUGGAGCCUCCUCUGUCUUUUUGUAAUUAAACAGAGCGAACAUUUGACACGGAGAGUCCAGUCAUGGAGUCUAUGUGGGGCCUCGGCAUUGUGCUGAAGGAAGCACUAUGGGUGUGAGGGAUGGAGAGGGAUGGAGGAGAAUGAGACUCAACUCGGUGUGGGACUGGGCAGGACCAAGAGCAGCAGUGCUGCAGCUGGACGCAGCUCAGACACCCUCCUGCCUCUGUUCUCGUGGUGGUGCCAAUGCUGGCACCUUUCCUCUCUUCCCACAGUUCGUUAUGAGGGCCA